AUUUCAAGUAAUUUGUAGGUGGAACAUCAAAGUUGUUUUUGAAAACACAAGGGUAAACACAACAAGAUGUUGUUGUUACAGAUGUUAUCUGUUCGUAUUAUGAGUAAAAAAUAGUGGUUUGGUGGAAUAAAAUGUAUUUCCUUGGUGCAAAUAGAAAGAUACUUACGUUUUCCUGUUCGGUUGUCAGUGAAGCGGCCAUAUUGCGAUAAACACAGACGUACUCACCAACUCAUUUCGUCAAACUGAAACAACAAAAUCCCGAUUUCCAUGAAGAAGGACGUGUGGAUAACAAAUUGAACUGUGGCAACGCUGUAAAAACGUCAGAAUGACAGAUGACUAAUUUUGGUUGGUACGCCUUAUCAUGUUGGCAGCAUUGGAGUCAGCUGACGUAAAACGGAAGAGAAGAACAAUUUCACAACAAACAGAAAAUGUCGGACAGAGAUGUAGUAAGUGAUACGCAAAAAGACUUGAUUACCCAUAUUAAGUGAUUUUUUAAAUAUAUUGUAAAUAUUUUGAUAUUAGUUUUCUACUUUGUGAUAUAAAAAAUGGGUGAAGCACAAGAUGGGCUGACGAGAACGGUGGAACAUUCGAUUCCGAUUGAUAUUUUGAAUGACCUUUUAACAAGGUUCAUAAUAUAUGUGCCAGAAUCUGCCAAGCAGAACUUGAUAAGAAUAUGUUUCCAAAUAGAACUCGCCCAUUGGUUCUACCUAGAUUUUUAUGUUGGAAACGACAGUCGUUUGAAAGCCUGCAGUAUUUAUGAGUUUGCAGCUCAUGUAUUCCAGCAUGUACCUUGCUUAAAGAGUGAAAGUCACAAACUGAACCAGAUACUCCAGGAAUGGAAAGAUUACAAGCAGAGUGUUCCUACUUAUGGGGCAAUAAUUUUAUCUGAAAACAUGUCCCAUGUACUGCUUGUACAAAGUUACUGGGCAAAAUCAUCUUGGGGAUUUCCUAAGGGCAAGGUUAAUGAAGAAGAAGAUCCAGCACAUUGUGCAGUAAGGGAGGUUUUAGAAGAGACAGGUUUUGAUAUCAGUGGGCAUUUAGAUCCAGAUGAUUUCCUAGAGGCUACCAUAAAUGAUCAACUUGUAAGGUUAUACAUAGUCAGGAACGUCCCCAUGACAACCAAAUUCAAUCCUAAAACGCGCUGUGAAAUAAAGUCAUGCUCUUGGUUUGCGGUAGCGGAUUUGCCGAAUAACAAGAAAGAUUCAACACCAAAAACAAAAAUAGGCGUAGGCGCGAAUUCUUUUUUCAUGGUUAUGCCAUUUGUGAAGAGGUUGAAGCAAAUCUGUAAUGGCACUGUAAGCAGAAGAGGAAGGCAUAAGUCUGCCAGCUUUUGUGAAGGAGAAGUACCAGUCUCAGCAAUCAGACAAAAGGCCAAACCACCCACUCAAAAAGCAGAAUCAGAAGAUAUACGGCAUAUAAAAAAACGGCAACCUCAAGACAAGAAGUGCCACUCCAAAAGACAACUAUUUUCUGAGGAUAAACGUAUCGACGCUCAAUUUUGCGCACCUUCCUGGUUGAAUUUCAAAUUUGACAAGAUCGCCAUCAUGGAGUGUAUGCCUUGAACGAAAAAGGCAUAAAUGAAAAAAUAUCAGGAAUUUUUACUUUUUUUCAAUUACCCAAAACUAUGUUUUUGGUUCGAAAUGAAAUUAUUUACGGCCUAAAAUGUAUUCUCGAAUUAUUUUGGGUUUUUUUGUGAAUUCUAAAUUCCAAAUAUUUAGUUUUUGUUUUUAUAGAAUGAUGAUUUUUGUGAUUAUUUGGAGCUUUAUUGACAAAUCGAACAAGUAUAUUUCUUUUGUUUACAAGUGUUUUUGUUUUCAAACACAAAAUAUUUUUUACCUGGAAAGUUAUCUGUUUGAUUUUCUUUGACUCAUUUUGUUUAUUCAUUUCUUUAAUGCAGCAACUAACAAUUUCCGGGUCAGAUUUAAAUCGUAACAAAACACCAUUUUUUAUAAAGAAGAGACAUUUUCCAAUGUUGGUAUUUUCAUAUUUUUUGUUUCAGUCCUCGCUACAUUUUCGCAAAUCCAAAACUUGCUGUAUACUGUUUGUAGUUUUGACUAAGCUACUGCUAUUUAUAGUUUUUACAAUUUUACUAGAACUAUUUGUAGUAUUGAUCUACAUUCAUAGCUUCAUUCAUUCUGUAUUUGCUAUUGUUAUCUUGUGCAGUUUAGUCCAAAGAUGUUAUAAUAUACAUAACUGUUACAUUAACAUGCAUGCGUCUCUCAAAAAGCAGAAGCCAUAUUAUUUUUUUCACAUUUGGCUUUUCAAAUAUUGCGACGUUGUCCAGCAACUCGGCAGAACUUGAACCUGUAUUGCUGCAAAUCAUAUGGCGUUGAAAUAACGCGUGACAUUUCGUUGCCUUAUUGUCAAAAGACAAUUCUUGUCCUUACCAUUAGAUUCACCUUGCUCCAUUUUCUCGAAAAAUUUUAUUUCAACCCUAAUCCUUGAUUUAAGGAAUGCAAUUGGAACAUCAGAAUCUUAUUCUGUAGUUUUCAUGUCGAUAAUCCCUGGUAUUGAAACCACGUGUUGAAAAAGUCUCUUGAACACCAAAUGAAAGGUAGUGAAUCUAGUCAUGGUGAUUCCCUAUUUCAUAUAGAUAACAAUAACGUUCUUUGACACUAAACCCUCGAAGAAGGCAAGAAAAAGUUUAAAGUCCUGAAUUUGGAAUAUAGCAAGAGGCCGAACUGACACCAUUAAUUUAUGCAAAGGAUUUAUGCUCCCAAACAUGACAUAACCAUACUGAUAGAAUUCUGCAACAAGCUUAUUACAUUUUUGGGGUUGCUUAUGACGAAUGUAGGUUGGUUUGUCCUCCUGAGGUUAAAGGUAAAAGUUAAAAGACAUAUGCUGAGGCAGUGACACUUAAAUAUGUUUCUGUGAUCACACGACUUCGCUCCAUGAAAAUAUUUGAGCUGACCCUGUUUUAAUAAUCUAAAACUUUCUAGUCCUAAAACACAGUUAAGCUUCUAUUUUUUUUUUUUAAUAAUUUGACCUUCAAAUGCCUUGCGAUGCCAAAUCCUGGAAUCAGCAGCUCCAAAAACAAGAUCCAGUCUGAGGCAUCCAUAAAAUUAAGGUUACUUAUUUUAUUAUAUUACAUAUUGUUUCGAUCAGACUAUAGAUUAUUGUCAAAGUGGAAUUUAAUCCUGAUUUUGUCAGUGUGUAUUCUCAACAUAUCUUGUGUUUCUGGUUAUUAUUAUUGUUGUUUUGGAUGAGUAUUUUUGGUUUAGUUGCAUUGGACAAGCAAUGAGAUUUUGGAAAUAAGAUUGUGCAAUAUGUAUACACUAGCAGUGCCCCAGCUUCAAUGAUCGACGUCCGACGUAUUUUAGAGAUUGGGGAAACAUCUGAGAACAAUUUGUGACCCUUUUUUUGCCAUAUGUCUUGAAAGUCGGUUCAUAUUCCGUCGAACGCUUCACCAAGAAGCCUUACAAAAAUUACUGGUCAUUAAGAAGUUUAAAAUGGAUCAACGGAAAAGUGAAACAGUAUUACUACUGGACAUUUAUAUAUAUAUUUAUUUUUUUGACUGCAUCUACUUCAAUAUUAUACGUUUAAAUGACAGGUGGUCGAUAGCAAGACAAAAAUAUGCUGAUUAUUUCCUUAGAAAAUAUAUGACUGACUAUUUGUACCAUUGUAAAGCCGCGUACAAAUCGAGAUUUCAACGCAAGCCAAGGCGCAUGUGGUUACAGAUUUGGAGGCGUUCGAAUCGGUGUGUACGGCGCGAGACAACGUAAGCCGACGGUUUCAAAGGUCGGCGUUGGCGUUCGAUUGUACUCGCUCCCUGAUCGGUGCAUCAAAGGAAGGUUUGAUUUGGUCUGGACAGGAUUUGUUGCGCUUCUAGUAUUUAGUCGUUAGUUUGCAUUCGAUGAGGAGACUCGUCGCUCGACAUUAGCACCGAACUUGACCCAACGCUGUCCAACUCGAAACUAAAUCUAGGUGCAUUCAAAUACCUUCCAACAACAAACGCCAACGUCACAUUUGCUUGCAUUCGUUUGCUCGGCGUUGGAUUUUCGGUCUGUACGUGGCUUAAGAAUUCUUGGAGAUAUGAUCACUUGGAAUUUAUGAGAAGCUUCAUUUUAUUUCUUAGCACAUAUCUCAACCUUGCUUUACUACUACAUAGUAUUUGUUUUUAUUAUUGGAUGGAUAUUAAAAAAAUGCAUGCUCAAGAAUUGUAAAUUGUGAUUUUCUGGUAAUUUGUUGGCUAUAACAUUUGAAGAAAUGUGUAGGUUACUCCGAAAAUCAACAUUUAUUGAAAAUAGAAAUGUGUGCAAUUAUGGAAAUCAAUAUAAACCCUGACACAAGCGCAGAUCCAGGGGGGUCCUGGGCGAAUCUAGUUUGACUACGAUUUGUGACUUUGAAAAUAUAUAAUGGAUAAAAACUUACCAGAUUUGGUAAAAAAUUGCCACACCUGGAACCCUGAUCACUUUGUAUCCGCAUCAAAAUCUGGUUGCCUAUACGUUCAACUUGAUGCAAAUAUUAGUAACUUAUUGAAAAAAUCCAGCCCCAUGAGUUCUGUGAUUAAAGUAGUUCAUUGAAAAUUCAGACAUUCGGAUAGGAAUGUACAAAAAACCGUUUCGCGCGCGCCCUCAAGGCUGUAAGCAAACUUGAUAAAAAUAGUAUUUGACGGACAAAAUCCGAGAGUGGUUUCAUUUGAAUGUAAGAAGUAGUAAGCAUCAUAGUUAUCUAAAAUUGUGUUCAAAUCUCGCUCUCUUCAGCUCAUAAACAUAUACAACUUCAUAUUUUUUACACUUUUUAUUUGUAACUUAGCAUGAUGGUAUUGCCUUAGUUUAGUCGUACAGGUAUUUCCCAAACAAGAAUUCAAUGGGUGACUCUGGGUCUAUUCUGAAACUAUUGUAGGUGUUUGAUCCACUAGAUUUUCGAAAUACCUCUUGAUUCCGGAGAAAUAAGCACUUAAGGGGACGUGGUUGGAAAUAGGGUUUUCUUAAAUAAUUUCCACAUAUCGUCGCUUAAAUUUUUACUCAGAAAAUGGCGUCAUCAAGAUAUGCCAGAUUUCAAAACGGGGGAACCAGUGUUUGGAAACUGUUACAUAAUAAAACCAAAAUAAGGUUUCCAUAACUGUACAUCUUAUUUGCUAUUUUAUAGCAAUAAAAUCAUUGUAUCUCAAAAAGAUACAAUUAUUUUUGUUUGACUUUACUGUAUGCCAUAAUCGAGGUAUUGACAACAGAUCUUAGAUCUAGCAACUAGUAGCAAUACAGUACUAUAAACGUUUUCCAAAUGAGAGAUUAAAAAACAAAGAGUAAAUAGGCCAUCUUAUACCGUUUUAUGAAUGCGACGUCUAUUUCAAAAAGGUUCAUUUAAUGGACUGGAUUCGAACUCCAUUACAAAAUACAUUGAACAUUCAAUCAAACACCUUAAAAUGAUUUCAUUUUUAAAGCCGCUUAUUUUUAUCCUUUUUCUGUACAUUGCCAGUUUCACUGAUAUGUAAUACUAUUACAACUAUGAUAUUCAGUAAAAUCAAAUGAAUGUUUAUGUUUCUUAUAACUCGAGACUUUCCUAAGAGAAAGAAACAUGUCAAUACUUGGAUUGCACAGUCAUUGAAUGUGCUAUUACUCCUGGCACUACUCUCAAUAUAUGCUAUAAUUGUAUCUUUUUAUAUUAUGGAUCAUCAAUACCUACAACCAUUUAUUAACGUAUUCUCUCUGAAGAUAGCGAACCUGAUGCUACAUUCCCGUGUUCAAAAAAUAGUGUCUUCCAGAAUUUGUCACAGUUGUUUCUCUAUUCACUAUAUAUUCAUUGAAAAGGUUAAUAUCGAAUAGAUAUAGAUGGGGCUACAGCGCCUAUCAUAAGAUGAUAACCUUUUCAAAUCAUAUUUAGUAAAUAGAGAAACAGCUUUAAUAAAUUCUCAUAAAUGAUGCUGCAGUAUCUCUUUUUGAAUCUGGUAUUUUUUUUUGGACGCAGGAAUACAGCAUUAGAUCGGCUAUCUUCAGGUAGAAUACGUUAAUUGAUGCUACAACAUAUAUAAUUAGUACUGGAUACAGGUGGAAAAACUAGUAAGAUAGAGAGUAUUGGUACAUUUCAAAUAAAAUUACAAGUAUUUAAUUAUAUUUAUUUUAGAACUUGCAACUUAAUUGUCACUUUUAGAGUUGCAUUUUAUUUCUCUCUCUACCUUACUCAUUUUGUUGCAUAUCCAACUGAAAAAUUCUUUUGUAAUUUUUUCAUCAUGAAAUAAAUAAUUUUGCAG